ACCCGUCAUCCGUUCGGAACAACCCUUUCUAUUCCAAGACAUCUUCGCGACGGCGACAUGAACCCCGAUCCGAUCCAGCUGAAGAAAACAAACAACUUCGAGCAGCUUUCGUGCAAUUAUUCCAGCGCCGCGCAUGAUCCUCCAACCUCCAAGCCGCAAAGAUUCCAAUUUGAUAGCGCCCAGAGGAGAAGAAGAGAGUAAUUAUUGAUUUCUCGGAGCCAGAAGUCGCAAUGGCGUCUCCACCGCUUCAGUUCGCGGCCCCGCCCUUGCUGCUGCUGCUGGUGCUGCUGGCAGUAGCAGUCCCGGCCGCACGGUCCAGCCGUGUCUUCUCCGUGGCUGACUACGGCGCGGUUGGGGAUGGGUCCCGCUACGACACAGCGGCGAUCCAGGCCGCCGUGGACGCCUGCGCGGCGGCGGGCGGGGGCCGCGUCCUCCUCCCGGCGCCGGGAGACUACCUGACGGCGACCGUCCACCUCCGCUCGCGGGUGGUGCUGGAGGUGGCCCCCGGCGCGCGGCUGCUGGGCGGGACCAGGCAGGCGGACUACCCGCCCGAAUCGCGCCGCUGGUACGUCGUCCUGGCCGAGAACACCACGGGGGCCGGCAUCACGGGCGGCGGCGAGAUCAACGGCCAGGGCGAGGCGUUCGUGGUCACGCCCAGCGAGGUGAAGAACGUCAUGGUGAGCUGGAACGCCACCGGCGAUUGCCUGGGCGACGAGUGCCGGCCGCGGCUCGUCGGCUUCAUUGACUCCAAGGAUGUUAGGAUCCACGACAUCACACUCAACCAGCCUGCCUACUGGUGUCUUCACCUUGUCAGAUGUGACAACACAGUGAUCCGCAAUGUGUCUAUAUUUGGGGAUUUUAAGAGUCCCAACAAUGAUGGCAUUGACAUUACGGAUUCUAACAACACCGUUAUAACUGAUUGCCACAUAGACACUGGAGAUGAUGCUUUAUGCCCAAAGUCAUCCACUGGGCCCGUUUACAACUUGACAGCCACAAACUGUUGGAUCCGGACUAAAUCUUGUGCUAUCAAGUUUGGAAGUGCAAGCUACUUCAACUUCAAUAAGCUGGUCUUCAACAACAUUACAAUAGUUGAUUCACAUCGAGGACUUGGGAUGCAGAUCCGGGAUGGAGGAAAUGUUAGUGAUGUGCUGUUUUCAAACAUUAAAAUGAGCACCAGAUACUACCAUCCUUUAUGGUGGGGAAGAGCCGAACCAAUCUACAUCACAACUUGCCCAAGGCACCCAGAUUCGAAAGAAGGUACCAUUUCAGACAUAAGAUUCAUCAACAUCUCAUCAGUAUCAGAAAAUGGAGUUUUCCUGGCUGGAUCAAAGCACGGGCUGCUCCGCAAUCUGAAAUUCAAGAAUGUCGACCUGACCUACAAGCGUUGGACAAACUACACGGGAGGCCUGUAUGAUUACAGACCUGGAUGCGAGAAGAUGGUGAAGCAUAAGACUGGUGGCAUGAUGGUGGAGCACGUCUCUGGCCUGGAGAUCGACAACGUAAGGAUGAGAUGGGCGAGAGGAAGCCUGAAAGGCUGGGACGUCAACCCCAUCCUUUUCAGGCCGUCGACCAUCGACAAGCUGUCUUUCCAUGACUGGCAGUCAGUGGAUGUUCAGUGAAUUUGCCCCGCCCCAAUUGUACCUGUGUAUCUGUAUCACGAAUUCACGAUGAAUAAAAGGGUUGAUUCUUUUUUGCCAAAUAUGCUAAUAAGAUAUCCCAAUUCCCAAC